AUGCAGUGGCUGCUGUUUCUGCCCCUCCCCUGCCUGGGGGGCUCUGUGCCCACGACCCCAGGCCCCAGUCUGGGACAUGAGUUGGUGGGCAUCGUUGGGGGAUGCGAUGUCAGCCAGAGGUACCCAUGGCAGGUCAGCCUGAGGAUCUACAAUACAAGAGUUGGCUGGUGGCUGCACCAAUGUGGGGGCUCCCUCAUCCACCCGCAGUGGGUGCUGACUGCUGCCCACUGCAUUCAGGUCAACUUGUUGCCUCAUGAUCUCAGGGUCCAAGUCGGGCAGAUGAAACUCUAUGACCAUGACCAGCUGACAGAGGUGACUCUCAUCACCCAACACCCCAAGUUUGUGUCUUCCCGGGGUGGCACAGACAUCGCCUUGCUGAGACUGAAGGCCCCUGUGAUGCUUUCCCAUCACAUCAACGUGGUCUCCCUCCCACUUGCCUCACUGAGGGUCCCCAAAGGGAAGAUGUGCUGGGUGACAUCGCAUACAACUGUAGUGUCGCUGCCCUCACCCUACCACCUGCAGGAGGUAGAGGUGCCCAUCGUGGGGCACAAGGUCGGUAACAAGCACUAUCAGACCUUUGAAGAUGGCAACAACCCAAUCAGGGACGACAUUCUGUGUGCUGGGAGCAAGGGCCGCGACUCCUGCCAGUAUGACUCCAGGGGCCCCCUGGUGUGCAGCUGGAAUUGCACCUGGGUCCAGGUAGGGGUCGUGAGUUGGGGCUACAAGUGUGGUCUUCACAACUUCCCUGGGGUGUACACCCAGGUGAUGAGCUAUGUGCCCUGGAUCCGCCAGUAUGUCCCUCUGUCCCCCGGGGCCUAG